AGAGUCACAGAGCGGUGUGAGUGUGGAGGUUAUAGGAAUCAAUUCAUAUGAAAGUUCCAUCUUCAUCUAAUAUGUUUCAAAUUUCACAAUUUGGCUAUGGCGUUUUUGUGUUGGUGGUUUAUUUCUUUGUGUUGGGGGUUUAUAAAGCAUCCUCUUCAAAACAACUUUGUCCUGACUUCAAAGAGAAUGGAACAUAUUGUAUCAGAUCCUUUGAGAAAUCUCAAAUAAAGUCUGCAGCAGAUCAUCAUACAAUACCUUCUGUGGAUGGAAACAUUUCUGACAGGCAUGAAUGCUUCUGCACUUAUGAUAUUUCCAGUCUUACAGGGAUGUGUACUUUAAUAAUAGAAAUAAGAAAUACCCAGCAGUGCAUACAUAUUGGCCCAGGAGAGGUGUCAUUUUCCUUCACAAGGAGCACAAACUACACACUUCCUGAUUUGUCAUCUGGAUUUUCAGGCUGCACCAUCAACAUAACGCAGCAAAAUAUUAAUGACUGCAAAGAAAUGCCUCUAAUGGAAUGUGUGGCUCAACGGACCUUGAUUAGCAUGAGAAAUCAGUCCAUUACUAGUCAGACCCCAUACAGUGUGAGAGAAUGUGAUUCUGAAGACAUUGGACAGACUUAUACAAAUAAUGACCUGACCUCUGUUGAUGAAUUGAUCAGAAAAUGUAAAGGAAAGGAAGAAACACUAAAAAAUGUCAAGGAAUUGCAUUCCAUAAAAAACACAUUUUACAACGUUACCAAGCAGGGACCUCAGAAAGUGACCCUUGACAGCCUUAAAGGCUCAGUGACAUCACAUAAGAAGAACAAUUUGCUCAUAUUUAGAAUGUCUUUACCCUCCACCAAUAAUGUCGAGUUGGAGAAGAUGGAUGACAUUUGGUUGGAGAUUCCUACUGAUGCUUUGAGUGAUGCUAUGGGAGACACGAAAGAGGAAGUUAACCUGGGAGUAUUUUGGUUUGAGAAUGACAGCCUGUUCCCGGUGAUGGAGAACAACACUGAGCUCCUAAACAGUCGAGUGGUAUCCAUCAAUGUGGGAGAGGACAUCUCAGGCCUCAGUAACUAUAUUAAUAUGACGUUCCGCUUCCAGAAUGCAUCACUGCUUAGUGAAGGGGACUAA